AUGCCCGUCCUGGAGAUGCUCGGUCGCUCGUGCGCUGGCAAGCCGCCGGCACCCGUGCUCGGCGGCGCUGACGCCGUGUGGCACCGUGUGGCACGUUCGUACGUGCUUGCGUGUGUGCGAGCAGACACGGCGCAGGACUGCCGCUUGCGCUGUGACGCUGUGGACCUCUACCACGCGCUGUUCGGCUUGAGCCGCCCGGCGUGCCUGCCGCUGCCCGAGCUGGGCCUGGUGGUGAACCUCAAGGAACGGAAGGCGGUGCUCAACCCGACCAUCAAGCCAGAGGCGACGGCGCUUCCCCCGCCCGCCGAGACGCUGUCCAGUGCCGCGACGCCGGGAAGGGCGACCGUGGCCACCACCGGCACGGCAGAGGAAGGUCCGGCAAGCAAGGAGGUGGCGGUCGUCAACCCAGCGCCACAGGGAGUGAAGAGGAAAGCCGAGUCACCCCUCAGCCUGGGGCCUGACGCAGGGUCGGGGCACUCCGGAGCUGAUCGAGACGAUGAUGGCAAAAUGAAGCUCAAAAUCAAGUUCUCAAACUCUCAGGAUGAUGAGGAGGUGGACAUGGAGACUGUGCAUGACAGCCAAGCCUUCAUAAACCAGCAGCUCGGCAUAAUGGACUACCCGGCUACACCAGGCAAAGAUGCGACGAAAGCAUCUUCUACUCCUGCAGCAGAUACUCCAGCGCUCCCGAUAUCAUCUCAACCGGCGGCUACCCCCUUCCCUGCUGCCGCAUCCCAUUGGCUGGCCGCCUCGGAAGUGCUGCCCCCGUCACCGCAACACGUCCAGCAGCAGCUGCAGCAGCAGCAUCAGCAGUCGGGCCACCACCAUCAUCACCACCACCACCACGAGCAUAAGAAGAAGAAAAAGAAACACAAGCACAAGCAUAAACACAAGCACAAGCACGACAGCAAGGACCGUGAUCGCGACGCCUCCUCAUCGUCGUACUUCCACCUCAACAGCCCGGCGAGCGGACGGUCCCUCAAUUCGCCCUCCGUCUCCGACUGAGGUCGCCGGCGCCGGGCGCGAACGUGGCACCGCCACCGUCCUCCUCCGGCCCGGCCACACCGCCGACUCGUGCCGGGACCUGCACGCCUGGCGGACCCGAGCCUCGAUUGUUUUGUGUCGGCGGGUAGCGACCCUUAAAUCAGGUGCCGGAACGCCGCGCAGGUUUUGCAGAAGGUUCUGGGCCCUGCUGGGACGUCAUUAAACGAAUGGUGAAUGAGUGUCUGUGUGGAUAUCACGGCCAUCUCUGUGCUGUAGUGUGAGUCCAGGCUCAAUAAUAUGCCAGGUAUCGCUGACGUCACAAAUCCUAUGUUUAUCUGCCAAUCUGUAUGAAAAAAAAGUAAUUUUCCACCCUCCCAAUAUCCUGCCUAACAUACUGUUCUGUAUAUCUCAUUUUUUAUUGCCUACAUAAGAGUCUGCAUGGUUGAUUGUUAGGGUCCCCAGGACCCUCCUGCAAGCCAUUCGUAGCUCUAUAAUUGAGCCAUUCUUUCUGGGGUUUGCAUAGUGCGGCGCAGCGUUUAUAGGGGGCCCAUGCUAUUUUAGAAGGCAAUUAAAGUCACACGCGAGGCUAAAAAUAACCGCGGCUAUCGCUCGCAUGAGCCAACGCUGCCAGCGCGGCGCACGGCUGUCAAUCUGCGCAGCUACCGAAAGCCUGGCCAGCUCCGCCCCGGCCACGACAGACAAACACGAAAGCCAGGGGUCGAUGCAUUCCUCAUUGUAAACGACCGCUGCCCAACGUGGCAGACCGGGCAAGGCAGCACGGUCCUUUAUUUCCCCACCCCUCCCCUGCCACCACCCCUUUCACUGCCCCCCCCCCUCUCAACAAAAGCUAAUAGGUGUGCAUAACGCGCUCCGUGAAUGACUGGUGUUUAUCGAUCGCAGCUGCAGAGAAAGAGAAGUCAUUUGGGCGCCGGGCUGGGUCAGGUCCUCGUGACGUUCGUCGCUGCUGGAGCGGAGAUUGUUUCGCCGACGUUUUUGAUCUUCAUUGGUCGUGCCACCAGAGUUGGAACUUAAUUAAGACGCCCGGGCGAAGACUUUGGUGCGUGCUGAGAGUUGUGCAUCGCCAGAGGUGGGUAGAGUGGUUGGUAAUGGUGUCCGCUGCCACUGUGGGUGGAAGGAAAGGGCUGUAACUUGGCUGACCCUUUUUCUUUUACAGGAAAUGUGGGUCAUGUCGGCCGUGACAGUUAAGCUUCCUACAUAUGUCAGAUGUGGGCAGAAGGCCUUCAGAAUAAAGAUAUGAAAGACAUGCCCGCCCUUACGUUAGACCUAUUCACUAAUAUAAGAUGACAGUAGAGUGAUGCCGUGGCUCACUGAAAUUUUAAUUAAAAUAAUUGGCGAGGGUUUUAGCAUUAAAACUAUUUCUAAAAUAUUCUUAGCUCUUUCGGUAAAGUGACUUUACCGAAAGAGCUAAGAAUAUGAAUUACUGCAGUCACGAAAGCUUUGAAUCAAUAUUUCUAAAAUCUUUUACUGAACAUUUGAAAUCAUUUCUUGGAGCCUUAAUGUUUUUUUCUCCGUAUAUUUUUUUUCUUUUCUUUAACCACGAAGAAGAGCAUUUGCCCAAAACAUCGAUAAUGUUAUUCUUUAAAUGAAUGCUCUCCAUGGGCUAUCCAACAGACCAUAUUUGUCAUAGCUUGUUACCCAGCCUAGACAAGCCUAGUUCGGCUUUCCUCGUGAGGUUUUGGGGUUGGAGGUGGGAGCAAGGCAAUUAGAGAGGGCUUUGCUUGAUGCACCCACUAAAGAGAGAAAUUCCCACUGUCCACCUGUGACUUAGCGACCUCCUCCUUGCCCAUUAACUUUUAAAUUGAACACUGAAAACAUUCCCACAACUUAGUGCACGCGCACGUGUGUUAGUGUGCGUGCGUGUUACUGCCCGUGGUCAUUCUAAAAACUGAAACGCGGUUUGAGUGUCCUUGCGUCACGUAAAAAAAAUAAAAACGGCGUCAUCGAAUUUAAUUUUGAACCAGCGCGCAAGAAAUGUGAAAAGUGUGCACAGAUUUUGUACAAACAAAAAAGUUUUGUAGCUCAGAUUUGGUAACGUGUCCGAUAGUAGACUUUGAAAGAGCUCUGCAUAACGCAGUGAAGACGCAAGCACUCUUGGCAUGGUAUUAAUCAGCCACUGGCUAUUGCUUUUGUAUGUUCAUACGUGUGAUUAUUCUGCCUUGACAAUUUUAACCAAAAAAAUUGCAGUACAAGUUAUGGGUCAAAUAUAGAUUUUUUUGAUCUACAAAGGCAAGACGCUGCAGUUGAUGUAACGGAAUAUCUAUAGGAGGCUCGGAUUAUAUCGACUUCCGUGGCCAAAAUAUUUCAAAUGCUGUGGGCCGACCCCAUAUACAUGAUGGCUUACAACAGACGUGCACCAGCUUACAAAUACAAAGCCUCUUGGGUCAUUAUUUAUGCGUCCUUGUGUUUUUUUUCUUCACACUCCCAGGAAUGUUAACCUCUGUGUAAUUGUAUAGACGCGUUUUGAAAACGGUGUGCCCCGUGACAAUUUUGACUUAUUUUGAAAUGCACACCGUUCGCCCGCUUUUCCUUUAGACAUCAAUAGUUUUGUUUGAGCUGUUAAGUUAUCUUUUUCUGCAACUACACCGAACCCGCCAGUGAAAAUGUGCUCCCGGAAAGUGUAGACAGUCGUACGUGGGAAGCCUCAAGUGAAGACAUUGGAUUUAAAAAAAAAAACGUUCCUGACAGCCCCUUGUCACGCUGCACUUCCCCCCCUCCGUUCCCACGGGUGCAGGUGAGGGUUAUGAAAUGCACGGAAUGCCGUGGCGGUGUGUGUUCACGGUGUCGUUUCCUUCCCAUCUGUCAAGAUAUGUUCGCCCCUAAAGCUGUCAUGGGCGAGUCCUGGGGAGGUGGGGCUGAUGGGGGUGGUCAUUUUUCUUGCAAAGGACGCGAAGAUCGCCUUUUAAAAUGCACACCCUGUGAUUUUCACGACUGCACCGGAACCGACAGCGAGGUUGAUUACGCGGAGGCCGUUACCCUCCAGGGUUGCGUUGCUUCGCCACCUUCAUUCACGUGAUAUGAGGAAGCCACUUCCAAGGGUGGUUUAUUCGAUCAAGGGCCACACUUAUUAUCCAUCGAACUCCCCCCCCCCCCUCCCCACCAGUAUGUCACCGUUAGGUUUUAGAUUUAAUGCGCAUGUCCCCUCUUCGGGAGGGGCUCUACCUCUUCGUUACGCGUCGCAGCGGACAAACGCAUCUAGUGGCAAUGAGCGAAGGAGCUGGCUGGCGAUGUCUCUCUGGCACGCUCCACGAGAGGCUGUGGCAUUAUUAAAGAACCCCCCCCCCCCCCCGGAGGGCCGACAAACUUGCAAGGUGAACAGCGCUGCAAGAAUUUAACGCGCCAGCGACGCGCCCCGACCACUCCGCUGCUCGCGACCGCCGAUCCUCCCGGCCCCCCGCCCCCCGACAGCUGACCUGGCAGGGCAUGGCUGACCUAAGCAUUGCGAAUUGCGCGCCGACGUUUCGGUUGGUGCCGUAGGGUAACCGCACAGGCCGCGGUCCUCGUUCUUCUCGUCGCUUUUGAAUGCAGUUGCUUUCCGUUCGCGUUUUGCGGACGCACCCAUUGUUAAAGUUCGUUUGGUGCAGUUUUUUUGUGUUUUUUUUACGCGCGCCACAUUGUACGCGUUGCGUGUAUAUAUAUGGUAUGUGCACAUUUCGCAACUUUCCUCUCAAUUCCACCCUCCAGAUAUACAAUGCACGUGUUGUGCCCUAAAUGGUGCAGCUCCGUUUUUGAGUUUUGCAUGUUUCCCCCCCCCCCAACCCCCCGCGUGUUUAAAGGAUGUGCAAAGUUACUAAGAUGUAAUGGUAAAAUAUAUAAAUAUCGUUUAUUUAGCUCGAGCUACACGGCGUCGCAGCACGUGUGCAGGAAUCGAUGGCGUUCCAUCGAUAUGCGGAGCGAUGAAAUGGGCUCAUGCACAGGUACUGGACGGGUUGCUAGGUCGCAGAAUGGUGAGAGAUGGCGACAGCUUGCAGGGGCCUUCAUCAGUGAAGUUGAUCGUGACUGAUGUGUUGUAUGUAAUAGGUUCACGUUACCCCUUACAGCCACGAGAAACGCUACACUCGUUUAGUUAGAACUGAUUUUUCUUUUGCUGUUUGUCGUUUUCCUUACCCCCGCACCUCCAAUGAGCGUGGUUAGCUACGCACGGUGCGAAAUAAGUUCAACAUACACACAGUGCACCCACAACGUUCAAGAAUCGUGGCGAUUCGCCGAGGAAGACAAUUGUCCUCUAAACCUCCGCCUAAAUAAAUAUGUAUAUAGACGGACA